GGCAGGAUUAAUCCCCGAAUCCUCAUGUUUCUCUUCUGUGGGAGACGUGUCAGCUUCCCCCAUAUCUCUUCUGGUAAGAAACGGUAAACGGAGGAAAGAGGAAGAGUUCGUCGUGCAAGAAUGACAAAACAUUAUUUGGAUGUGCUGGGCGCUGUCUUCCAUUUGAAGGUCGUCUCACAUGGACUUUCCUGGGACUGCCUUGGUGGUCCCAUGCCAUCUGUCGAUGCUACAGUUUGUGCACCUGCCCCCUCACGUUGAUGGACAGCUGCUGACAGGCCCCCCCAGCUCUUCACAAACGCCCCGCUUUCUUUCACCCUCUGGCCCCCUUGCUCUGUGACAGAGUGAAGGAGUAAAGCGGGGAGACAGGCGUAUUCCAACAGAUGGCUGGAGGUGUCCUGAUUCAGUCACACAGCAACUGCAUGAAUGGGAGCUCAGAGAGAUUGAUAGACAAGAGUGAGAAACAGAAAAAGAGUGGGGGGGAUAAAAAGGGGAGGAGAGGGAAAGGAGAGUGGAGGAGAGGGACACGGAGGGAGAAAGAGAGAGAAGAAGAAAGAGAAGGGCUGUUCAGCAAAAUUAAAGUGAAGAGAGGGAACCGUUCCCCUCUCUCCCUCCCUCCUCUCCCUGCCUCUUCUGGCGUCUGAAACCCCGCCCCCUCCUUUGACUCCUCUCUGCAUCUAUAUUAGUGCCUUUGUGCCUGAGCCGCUCAGUGGUUCGGCUGCUGGAGGGCUGCUGGGAGAGGAGCUCGGGGUGGGGCAGAGUGCUGACGGGUUCAUGACCCCCUGCGAUCGCCGUGCGCUCCGGAGGACACCGCCUCCGCCACAGACGGGCUCCAGAGGACCGCGGCUGUGAGAAAUCACACUGAAGUGCAUCGAGGACUGUGAAGACCAUCAUUUCAGCCAAGGAACAGUGACAGGGCGGCGGCAGUGCGCUCCGGGUCGCGGGCGGGACGAGGGGGCACCAUGGCCGGCUGGGGCCUGUCUGCGGGGCUCCUGCUGCUCCUGGGGGCGCUCUGCGUGGCCCACGGCUCCGUCUUCCUGUCCGGCCAGCGCCUGAAGGCCCGCUUCCAGAGGGACCGACGCAACGUCCGCCCCAACAUCAUCCUCAUCCUCACCGAUGACCAGGACCUUGAGCUGGGCUCCAUGCAGGCCAUGAACAAGACGCGGCGCAUCAUGGAGCAGGGCGGGGCCCACUUCUCCAACGCCUUUUCGACCACGCCCAUGUGCUGCCCAUCGCGCUCCUCCCUGCUGACCGGGAAGUACGUGCACAACCACAACACCUACACCAACAACGAGAACUGCUCCUCACCCUCCUGGCAAGCACAGCACGAGCCGCACACCUUCGCUGUGUACCUGAACAACACCGGCUACAGGACAGCUUUCUUUGGGAAGUACCUAAAUGAGUACAAUGGCUCUUAUGUGCCCCCCGGGUGGAAGGAGUGGGUGGCGCUGGUGAAGAACUCUCGCUUCUACAACUACACCCUGUGCAGGAAUGGCGUACGGGAGAAGCACGGCUCGGAGUACCCAAAGGACUACCUCACUGACAUCAUCACUAAUGACAGCAUCAGCUUCUUCCGUAUGUCCAAGAGGACAUACCCUCACCGGCCAGUGAUGAUGGUGCUGAGUCACGCUGCCCCCCAUGGUCCGGAGGACGCAGCGCCGCAGUACAGCAAUGCAUUUCCCAAUGCCUCACAGCACAUCACCCCGAGCUACAACUACGCUCCGAAUCCGGACAAGCACUGGAUCCUGCGCUACACGGGCCCCAUGAAGCCCGUCCACAUGGAGUUCACCAACCUGCUGCAGAGGAGGCGGCUGCAGACCCUGCUGUCCGUGGACGACUGCGUGGAAAAGGUGUACAACAUGCUGGUAGAGAUGGGGGAGCUGGAGAACACCUACGUGAUCUACACCUCAGACCACGGCUACCACAUCGGCCAGUUCGGCCUGGUGAAGGGGAAGUCCAUGCCCUACGAGUUCGACAUCCGCGUUCCGUUCUACAUACGGGGCCCCAAUAUCGAGGGAGGGACCUUCAACCCGCACAUCGUGCUAAACAUUGACCUGGCCCCCACCAUCCUGGACAUUGCAGGGCUGGACGUCCCCCUUGAUAUGGAUGGCAAGUCCAUCAUGAAGCUGCUGGACACUGAGAGGCCGGGCAACAGGUUCCAGGUUAACAAGAAGGGGAAAGUGUGGAGGCAUUCUUUCCUGGUUGAGAGGGGGAAGUUUCAGCACAGAAGGGAUGAUGGGAAGGAGGAGGCACAGGAGAAUUUCCUGCCCAAGUACCAGCGGGUGAAGGAUCUGUGCCAACGGGCAGAGUACCAGACGCCCUGCGAGCAGCACGGUCAGAAGUGGCAGUGUGUGGAGGACUCCACUGGGAAGCUGAGACUGUAUAAGUGUAAAGGCAUGGCCAGCCUGUCUGCCCCCCUCAAGCAAGGCCUGCCCUUCAGCCAAUCACAGCUGUACCUGCGUGGCUCAAACUGGGGAGACUGUCACUGCAGCACCCCAAGAAUGAACACUUUCAGGCCGAAAAGACUGCUGGCUAAGAGGAAGCUGAAGGCUGCUAAGGGGCUGUCCCGUAGCCGCUGGGCACGCGCUGCACCCCUGGGGUUCGAUGGGGGCCUGUACACGGGGAUGCUGGGAGCUGUGCCCCGUCCCGCAGGUCCAAGGAACCUGAGCCAAGCCCGAGUGGAGGGGGAGGAAGAGGAAGAGGAAGAGUACAGUGGCAUGGGUAUCCCCACUGUCCCAAAAUACAACAGUACCACAGCACCUUCCUUUCACAAAGUCACCUACAGGUGCUCCAUACUGAUGAAUGACACGGUAAGGUGUGAUGGAGGCCUGUACAGGUCUCUACAGGCAUGGAAGGACCACAAGCUGCACAUCGAUCAUGAGAUUGAAACCCUUCAGACUAAGAUAAAGAACCUUCGUGAGGUGAAAGGUCACCUGAAGAGGUCGCGGCCAGAGGAGUGUCAGUGUGACAGAUACCCUUUUCAGUCAAGAUUUAAGGGGAAACUACAGUUCAAAGCAGGCCGCGUCCACUCAUCCAGGAAGAAUCAGGUGAAAGAUAAGAAGCAGUGGGUCCUGAAAGAGCAGAAGCGCAGGAAGAAACUGCGCAAACUGCUGAAGAGACUGCGCAACAAUGACACCUGCAGCAUGCCUGGCCUCACCUGCUUCACCCACGACAACCAGCACUGGCAGACUGCCCCCUACUGGACAAUGGGGCCAUUCUGUGCCUGCACCAGUGCCAAUAACAACACCUACUGGUGCAUGAGGACGCUCAACGAAACACACAACUUCCUGUUCUGUGAGUUUGCCACAGGAUUCCUGGAAUACUUUGACCUCAACACUGACCCUUACCAGCUGAUGAACGCAGUCAGCACACUGGAGCGCCACAUCCUGAACCAGCUGCACAUCCAACUGAUGGAGCUGCGCAGCUGUAAGGGCCAGAAAGAGUGUAACCAGGAGACCGGGGCAAACGAUAGAAGCAGGACAGAAGACUACAGGAUGUUCCCCCGUCGAAAAAGGCCUAAAGUGAAAAGGCCGGCCUCGAAACCCCCGGGGCAGAUUUGGGAUGGAUGGGAGGGUUAGUAUCCCCGCGGCCAACUUUACAAACUUGCACAGACUGGAUGGACAUUCCCCUGAUCUCAAGCACAAAUUAAACAUGAGUCCAGACCAGCAGCUUCUGUGGGACAACGGAAAGAAGAUUGCAAGGAAUGCUGGGAUUUUUUUCCUGUUCAUCUGCCACCCUCUGUAGACUGUUGAAGGGAUUGCCAGUCUACCACACUCUCUCCAAAACUUGCAGCACUGUCAACAGAGGAGUUUUCCGGGAGGGUUUUUCUUUGUAUUGUAAUGACAAGGGUGGGCAGUAACUUCCAAGGACUGCAAUGACUCUAUGGUGAAUCCACCUUUUUCUUUACUGUCAUUUGCAAUUAAGCUCCUAGGACAAUUUCAAACUCACCACCUAGGACAAAAAAAAAAAUCAUGGAUCAAACUGAUCCCAAAACACAGACACCCAUUUUGCUCAACGUUUUUCAAGUUUUCUCAUUUCAGCUUAUAAUUUGAUGCAUUUUGUGUCAUUGCACACAUGCCAGUGUCCAGAAGCUGAAAACCAUCUUCUGUAGCACCACUGCUGGACACAGUUCAGGCUCCUCUCCAUCCAAUAGGAAAGGCUUAUUUAGGAGAGAAAUGUUCACAACAGAUUUUUCAUAACUUCAUCACACAGACAAUUUUGGCAAACUGGCUCAUUUCCACAGGAAAAUAUUUAACUUUCCCACUGAUAAUACUGUAUGGAACUGUAGCAGCUGCAUUAACCCAUACAUAAACAGCCUUGUUCAGUAUUACACGUUUUGUGCAAACAUUUAUUUUGCUCAUUUCUUCAUACAUGGUGCUAUGAGUACAUUGAAUUGCUGUAUGUAUUUAAAUGUGUUUUGCAAUUCAUGUAAAUGUCAAAAUUAAUGUUUUACACCACACACAAAAAAGGCCUUUCCAACAUUGUGUUCUGUGUAAUAGAUAUAAAAACAGCUUUUUAAAACUCAUCAUCAUCUAAUGAUUUGUAUAGGUUCACAAGCUUAUAUAGUGCGGCUCUUCGAAAAGAACUUCUUUUGUUUCAAAUGAAACAAAAGUUUAUACAACAUUGUGACAGUUCUGUACGCUUAUUUUUCAUUAGUGAAAAACAAUUCAAAAACAUUUAAAGGUGUUACUGAACAUUCUCUUUUAACUGCAAAAAAAGUUUUUUUAAUUAUUUAAUUUAUACAAUGCUGCAUGUGGGAAAUUACAGGCAAUGUGAUUAACAUUGCCUGCUGCAGUCAUGUAGAUUACCAUAAAUUUAUUUUUUGCUUCUUGUGGUCUUCCAGUGAGGAUUUAAUAGUGGUCAUUGCCAGUUGUUUGUGAAUAAAAUGUUAAAUCCAAACGUGUCUCAUGUAA